AUGUGUCCCUCAGGGUGUGGUCCCUUGUACAAACCGGGCAAAGACCUACGGGAUACAACUUGUCCUUGUGGGUUUGGGUAUUUUGACCGAGACGGGUUCUUCGUUGCUGGAGAUCGUGUCCGAGGUGGACAGGCAGUUUCACGAGAAGCUUACGAGAAUCAUCCCCCUUCCUGCCCUGUGCACGCCGAUCCGCGAAACUGUGAGGCAGAUGCCCCAGCCUCGUUUGGAAGUGCCGAGCAGGGUCACGGCUUCCGCGAUUAUUUUAUGCCAGAGACAGGCGUUGAUCUCGAAGUGCUGAGGAUUUACGUGUCACGCGAUGGUGGAUUUGCAUCGGCGAGGCCUACCACAUUUCAUGGCAAAUCAGGAUAUCUCAUACACGCUAAACAGGAGCCCACUGUGGAAUUCAUAGCAAACAUCAAAGCGGACUCGGCUCAUAUACUCAAACUUCGAAGAAAGUAUGGCGAAAAGAUGCCGCACUGGGCUCCAGCGGAAACACGGCUUGAGGGCCGACAGAGCUCUGGACAAAGUGCCAUAAGUCCAAAAGGCCGGCAGAUCAGUUCCGAGCGACGUGAAUCCACCCCUGCGACACAGAGCACACCUUUCGUCCCUCAGUACCAGACACCCUAUGCAUGGAGCGGACAGCCGCCUCCGUUGCAGACUGGGUACUAUCCAUCUCCUGGCAUGCCAUACCCAGCGUCACCAUUGCAAUACCCAUACCCAGCGCCGCCAUCCCAAUACGCAAAUUCCCCCGAACCAAGGAGCCUACCCGAACAGCAGACGCCAUUAGCCGACCGCUUUGGACGGAUCUCUAUCUCCCAGGCAUCUGAUAUUGACCCUUAUAGCUCUUCAACCAGAAGUCCAUUGGAGCAGUCCUCAAGAUCAAUUCCUACGGCAAUAGACCAACAGACCAGGGCUACGCAAACGCGGGAACCAUUGUCACAGAGUGUGUCAGGAAACGAACACCAAGAAAUUAGAACUGCUACCGAAGAGCAACCCGCUCAGAGAGAAUCAGUAUAUCAGCCUGCGGUCGAGUCUCGGCGUCCCCUAACCUCCAGUACCAGCUACUCAAGCUCGUCUCCUCCCCGAAACGUCCCGCGCACGCAAGACAUGCGAACGGAACAAACGCGAGACGAGCGUCCCCGGCAGGCCCAAAGGCCAGCGCGAACAUAUACCGAACCCAAGAGUCAGCGCACAACCGUCACGUCGAGCACACGACGAACACAUACAAAUGCCCGAGGGCCGCCUUCUUCGAGAUCUGCGAGGCGAGAACAAGCCCCAGACAACCAGUCGCCUCCUGACGAGGACGGAGAAGAGCCACCCAGACGUCGUCCAGAUCGUGACCCACAAAGAUGA